UAGAAAUGCACUCUUUCCAAUUCCUAACUGCAAUUGGCUGCUUGGCUAGAUACUUGAGAGUUAAUUUGCUUUCUUUCUCUUUUGCAUAAGUUGCAAGAGCAUCCUACUUCGACCUUAGAAGUAAUUAUCCUCCUAGCUCUUCUUGAAUUUAUUGAUUUAUCAUUUAUGUUCGAAUUAACUUUGCUUAACAAAAGUCCUUGACAAAUUCUACUUGUGGGCAUAGUUAUAUAUAAAUGAUCUAUGGACACAAAGUCCGUACUUGUUUGGAAGGACAUUAGACUGGUGUUUCUCAUUGGUUGGAUAUUGUAUGAAGAAGUAAGCUUGUUUUAUAGCAAUUCACGAUGAAUUGAUUCGCUUACUUACAAGUUAUCCGAGAAAAUGCCAGAGUAAUUGGCCCCUUUUUAAUACAUCUUUUGGCACAUUAGAUAUAAAUUUAAGUAGAAGCAAUUGUAAGUGCGCAAUCUGGUUUUGGAUGCAUAUGUAGAGGUUUAUCUGUUGAGAAUUGUGUGACAUGUCAUAGAUAGACAUCAAUAGAGAGCCCAUUUUUUAUUUUACUAUCUAUCAAAUUGGAUAGGUCAUAUCUGCCAGGAGGCCAGUCAAAACUAUCUUAAAAAGGACUUUAAAUGUUUUUACCAUUCCAUAUGCAAAUUAGAGAAGUCAAAGAAAGGUUCCAGAUAUGUCUAUAUAAGGAUUGUUCUGCAAGAGUUUUCUCACUUCUGAAAAUAUCAAGUAUGCUGCAGGUUGGUACUGUAUUAAAUGUCGAGGAUGCCAUAAAUGCAAUAAAUGCUGGAGCCAAAUUUCUUAUCAGUCCUGCAGUGGUGAAAGACAUUAUGGUUGAUGCCCAAUGUGGUGAAGUUUUGUACAUACCUCGUGUAAUGACCCCAACAGAAAUAUUGUCUGCAUAUGACUCUGGUGCCAAAAUUGUCAAGCUUUGCAGGGAAAUGAAGCGGUAGAAUAGUAAGAUCUAUUGUUGUCUAUGGAUAUUGCAUGGUAUUGUCUUUGCUAGACUAUUAUAUCUGUAGUCUUUUUUUGAUGUUGCCAAUGCUACUAUAUUGAAAAUUUUAAAAGACCUAUAAAGUGUGUGAAGUACUAGACUAAAUAAAAUGAAUGCGAUUUGUUCUAAACCAGAUAUGUUGGACCUAGAAGGUACACUUGUCAUGACAAACCAUUAAAUUCAUAAAUCCUAACCCACAGAAUUGUAGGCAAACUAUUUCUUCAUCAAUGUGUGAUAUGUAUUUUAUGUUCGAAUGCGGA